AUUUAAUUUUUGUUGAUUAUUUAAUUAAAAAAUAGUAUUUAAUCACUGCGAUUCCUAAAUUUAAAUGUAGUUUCGAUCUAACGGUGCGUAUUGUAACAGCUAAAGACUCAAAAUGGCAAAAAGCUUUGAAAUUAUAUUGAUCGCAUGUUUAUUAAUUGCGCUUACUUAUGCGGAGCCACCGAGACAGCGUGUGCGUUUUCCAGGACCAGCCAAGAUUACAAAAUUGCCAGCUAUACUAGCAAAUCAGGAAUUAGCUCCAGCACCUUAUCCGCCGGCAGGCUUACAACCAGACCCACCUUUUGAAUUACCUACUGAACAAAUUUACGGACCGCCAGAUCAAACUUAUGGACCACCAGAUCAAACGUACGGCCCACCGGAUCAAAAAUAUGGACCACCAGAUCAAACUUAUAAACCACAAAAUCAAAUAUACUGGCAACCACAACAGGCACAUGAUAUACCAGACGACAAUAAUGCAUUACCUGAAAGUGCAUCCAUUAUUGACUCACGUGAUUUUUUCCCACAAACAGAAUUCACCUUACCUUAUGCACAACGCUUAAUUGUUUUUCGUCCUUCACGCCGACCAGCGCCAAUACGUAGACCUGCAAAUAGUUUACUUCCAGCUAAUAUAUACCCCCAAACUCAACUUACAUUACCGCACCCACAACGUUUAACAACGUUCCGACCUAUACGUCGCCCAACCGCUUUUCGAAACCCCAACUCAAAACCAGCUCAAUUUAGCAGGCCACAACCACCGAAACCUGUAAAAAUAAGCGUUGGCAGCAGACCACAACAGAUCUUUGCACAAUUACCACCAAUAAUUAGAAAUCCAAUUCGUACUGGCAAUCGUAUUAUCGCCUACUCUGAUCGUUUGCAGAGUUGGUAG